AUGCCAUCCGGUGAUGUUGAGUUCCAGUGCGCCUUCUGCUUGAGCGGCGCCGGCACGACUCGCAGCAACGCCGUUGUGGAGGACACAGCCGUGGCGAAGCAGGAUCAGGCGGGCAUGGAGGAUAGUGGCGACGAUGACGAUAACGACGCCGGCGGCUUUGCGGCUGUUGAAGGCCACGUCCGUGUAGGGAAGCAGCCUGGCAGUAGCGGAAGCGGCGCAGGCGGCGGCGGUCCUAUCGACGCGUACAUCUUCUUCUACGAGUGGUUGCAGCGUAUUCCCCUCUUAGGACCCGCAGGGCCGAUCUCGGCGGCUAGCGCUGGCGGCUCAGGCAAGCGGCCGGAUGGCGUAGCGGGGCCAGCGUGCCAGCGUGCCCUCGCGUCAUCGCCAACCACGGGAGCGGGCACUCAUACAGGUGUUUCUCCGUCUCCCGCUGGCGGCAGCCGUCACACCGAGCGGCGGGGCGGUGCAGCAGUCAGCAACGCUAACGGCAGUGGAGAAGGUGGAGGCGCCGGCAGCAGCAGUGUCCUCCUUCCAGCAGGCGAGUCGCUGCCCAUGGUUCUCCGGGCGGCGUACGACAUGGGGAGCCUUUUGACGACUCCCGGACUCCCGCGCGGCACGGCACCCGCUCUUCGGGCCGCUGCCUUGUACCUCAGUCUUCUUCUGCAUCGAUUUGUGUCACUGUUCCCGCUAUUUUGCCUAGCUGGGCGCACCUCAGCCUCCGCAAUCACCGCAGGAGUUGCAACAGCAACAGCAGCAGCGGAAACUAGCCAUCGCCAUGGUCCGAGAGAACCUGCGGAGACAGAACUGUACCGCGCUGACGUGGAGCUGCAGUGGGUGGACGUGGAGUUGAUCGGCGCCCUUCUCGGCGUUGCCGCGCCGUCCUUCUUCGAGUCAACUGAGGUAUCGCUGCAACACCUGCAGAACGUCUUCACGGUGGCCGCCGCGUACAGCGUGCCAAGUGUGCUGUGGCACCCAGGGCGUGUGCCAGGACGUGUGGAGGCAAUGAAGGCGCUAAAGGACAAGAUGGAGCCACUCUGCCCCGUUCCAUUCACGGCGGCAGGUACAUCAGGGCUAUGCCCAGAGCACACGGCGAUGAUCGUCGCGCUCGAACUCGCGCGGCGAGUGGAUGCGCAGCCGAUCGCCGUCUCCUCGACUUCGCCAGCAGCAGCAGCGCAGAACGCGCAGCGCAUCGGGCUCUGGCUCGACGCCCUCGGGCUCUACCCCACCCGCCAAGCAUACCGCGAUGCGCACAGUUACCAUCAGCACAUCCUGACGGCAGAGAAGAAUCAGGACAGCAGUGAGGGCGCCGCCGACGGUGACGCAGUGCAAGACCACCACCGCAUCUUGGCCUCGUGGGAAAAGACGUUGACUGAGUUGGCGGGUAUGAAGGACCCGCAGUUGCUAGCCGCGGCCGAGCGACACGCGCGUCGGCACGACGGCAACGUGGACCGUACCAAGCCUCUCCUCACCACAUUCACCUCACCGUUCUACAAACGCUUCGAGUGGAUCCUCACGUCUCCGUGUGCGAACGCGCUCCUACACGUGUUUGCGGCGGUAUUCCGUAUGACCCCGAUGGAGUUGGCAGACAUGGCGCUACGAAGCGGCAUCUACCAAGGACCCGCAAGCAGCUUCGUCGCCACGCUGCGCACGGCAGUGCUGCGCGGAGCCUACGACAUCAUGCCGCUGGCCCGGCGUUUGUCGCCACUGACGUCGUCGUGGAUGUGUACGUACAUGGCGCUGCACUCCGGCGACCGUCUGCCACUGCUUACAGCGCUGCGCCAGCUGAACGAUGCGCAGAACUCCACACGGGACCGGCAAGCGGCGCUGACACAGCUAGUCCAGCGCAUUCUCCGCAAGCAUCAAGCCCAACAGGUGUACCAGUUGAACUUUGUUCUCCGCGUCACGGACGAGGUGGAGAAACACUUUAACGGCGUCUACUUCUUAUCGAACGUCCUCUGGCAAGAGGGCCUCGCCACCUUCACGUGUCUGCGCUCCGGUCGCAAGACCAUCACGCUCAACCGGUACACACACCGCCUAUCCCUGUGUUACAUGAACGCCAAGGAGAAGCACGUUGACCACCUGAGCAUGCAUGUCACGCCUCCAGUGGUGGCGGCUGUCGAGACGGAGGCGACGCGGCUGGUAAUGGAAAUGGCGCUGGGUAUCAGCUCCACGUCUGUUGGUGAUCCAUGGGGACACGUUGUCCGCUGCCUCGACAAGUGUGCGCGCGUGCGGCGCCGCAUGCGAGUUCCGAUGCUGGCGUCGCGCCUCGACGCCCUCGCCUCUAUCCGCGAGCACGCCAGCACCGUCGCUCGCCAACUGCAGCAGUGCCCGCCUUUUUUCGGCGGCGCCGGCGGCCAACUGAUCUCAAUGAGGCCGACCCUGCUGGGGUGGGGUGACACAGAGACAUUGCUAGCUGCGGCACCACCGCUGGAUGUGCGUCAACUGCGUCUCGAUCUGCAGUGGAACUACCUUUGCCUGCCGCACGUCUCGCUCCUCUCGGGGCUCUCUGAAAACCGUGUCGUGGCGAUGUACGCGUCGCUGGUGGGGCUGCUAGAGCUGAUCCAUCUACGCCUCGUUAAAUCGGCAGAGGCGGCAUCCGCGAGUAGUACCGCGGCAGUACGAAGCAACUGGGUGGAGGAGCUUCUCUAUGUGGAAGAAGAGGAACAGCCUAUUCAAGCAGAGGCGGACGCGCUGCAGCAGGGCUUCGGCGGUGCUUCAGGCACUGGUUGGUCGCCGCCAGCGUACCGCAACAGUCAGCCCGGCACGCCGAAGCCGUUACGCAGCCCAAAGUCAAGGUUUGCGGCAGUCUCAGCCUCGACCAACGCACCCCUUGGUGGUGCUUCCUCCACCACUGUCGCUGCUGUAGGACACGGGAGUGGGGGAGGAGGACGGUACAACAACGGCCGAUCCCGCAGCUUUUCGCCGCCGCUGGCACGGCAGUCCUACGCGAUUACCCCACCAUCCAUGUCACCCAUCCGCAGCCCCAUCCUGCGCUCUUUGACGACCACGUCGGCCUACACCUCCUCUCACAACGCCGUCCCGACGCCAACAACGCAUCGCCUUCGCACACCACCACUAGGGAGCGCCUCCCACAACAACAGCGGCGAAGUGAGUCUGGGGCCAGCCGCGGGAGCGCAGCAGCAACAUUCAUCCACAAACAAUAAAAAGGGUGCCAGUGGUGGCAGCUGGAAGGCGCGGGACGCAGCGGCUGUCGAUGGACUGCCACUGCCAGACCUGGUGCUUGCGGAGAGCACGGCCGACAUCGCAACGCGGAAGUCGAACCUGCUGUCAGACCCGCGACCACAACCACAGUUUCGCAAGAGACAGCGGCGCCGACGACGCGGUCGUGGCGAGGACGACGAGGACGACCACAGUAACGACGAGGGCGGCGGCGAUGACGGCAGCGGCGAUGAGGAUCGUGGCCUGACGACGAAGGCUGGCAACGGCGGGGACGGCGACGACCAGCAAGAGAGGAUGCUGAAGAAGAGGGCAACAGAAAAAGAUCAAGAGCGCCAGCGGCUUGACGACGUCAUGCGCCUCCUUCGGCAGGCCCUACCACCGUACUGGGAUGUACUCCUCGGGGCAGCAACAGACCUCGCACCGUCGCUCCUGUCCCCCAGCGUCGGAGACAAAGAGGACGAAGACGAGGACGACGACGCGUCGAUAACCCGGAGCGGCAGGCGUCACAGGGCCUCGCCGCAGGACCAACGCGUUCGCCGGCCCGGACUAACGGCGGCGUCGCGACCCACGCGGCGAGGUGACGGUGGUGGUGCUGGUGCGGUGGAGGUGCCCACUGAGGUGCUCAUCACACACAAGCCCUUCAACGUGUUCGACGCCGAGGAAUGCCGCCGGCGUCUGCGCCGCCUCUACGCGUUCAUCAGCACCUACGAGCGACGGAGGGUGACGCUGCUGCAGCUGGCCGCAGAAGGAAGGUUGCCAAAGAUGGCGACUCUGGCGGCUGCCGUGCCGUCGCCGAAGCUGCACAACGGGAGCCCUCUAACCAUGGCGCGUGCCUCAACCACCGCGGUGGGUGCCGGCUUUUCCAUGCCAGUGCACCUCUCCCCUCCGCCACAGCUCGUGUCCCCCUUGCUACCACCGAAACUAGUCGGCGGUGAUGGUGGCAACACUGCUGUCCAACGCUCGCCACCGCACCGCCGUCAAAUGUCCCCACCACACCUAAGCAGCAGGCCCAUGCCGUCUCCGCCGACCCGAGCCGCUGUCCCGCUGCCGCGCCAACGUGGCGAAGGCGCCGUGGGUGGCGGUGGUUCACCUCGACCGUCACCGUCCCUCUCCUCUGUCGCGUCGUCGCACUCGAGCCGCCGCAGCCCGCGGCUGCAGCACCAGCAUCGCUCACCGCCGCCGCAGUCCAGCACGCGCCUCAAGUCGGCACAGAGGGAUGCGUCUGGUCGCAGCGGUGGCGCAAACCCAAGUAAGCAGCGCAUCAGCAAAACCGCCCUUGGCGACGUCCGUAGCGGUGGCAGUGGUGAUGCCGUUGCGACCGCGACAGUGGUCGACGACAACUUCGCCUUACCGCCUUCAGAGAUGGCGUGGCAGGAGUCGUACGUCGGCGCCGCUACUUUGUCGCACGGACAGAGGGCAGUUGCGGGAAAAGGGACUGCCCGUCGGGCGGAGCGGGUGAGCAGCGGAGGCGAGCAGGACUGGCAAACAUCAGCGUCUCGACGCUGGUGCGACAAGCCGCCAGCGAAGGAGAACUCUGAUGAGGAAAGCCCCUCGAGCAGCAACUCGGAGGUUGAAGGAGAAGGUAACCGCCACGGCCACCGCUAUCCACUCUCCUUUGCGUCGAGCGAGGAUGAUGAGCAGCAACGACAGCAGCUGCAGACGCCACCCGCGCAGGUGAGUCAGCCGCGGAAGUCCUUGCGAUCGGCCAGCGACAAGGAGGAUGGAAACGACGACGACGCUGAUGAGAAUCAAGCACGUCGGCGCACCGAGAGCAGAAGCGAAGAAGGGUGGACAGAUGGGCCGUCACUCGCUCAACAGCAGCACCGCCGUAAAUCGAAAAAGACAGGUCGGCGACGACGUCGCCGGGAGCAGAACUCGCAGCAGCACCAGCAGAGGAAGCAGGCGCCGUCGCUGUCUCCGCCAAGCAGUCGUGAAUCAAGCAAGGAUCUGAGCCACUCAUCAGAGAUGCGCGCUGGACGGGGCAGAUCUGGUUCUGUUGGCAGCGUGUCAAGGACCGGAUCGCCACCGCUGCCACCUCACCCAAGCAGAGCAGGGGCGGAGGUUAGGGACAGCCCUGUGACACCCUCCCAAGCAGUACCGUCGAUCCGUGCUCGAGCCAAGCAAUCUGCCUACAGCACGGGAACGAACUAA